AUGCUGUGGGUGGACAAGUAUCGCCCUGAUGCGUUCGAGAGGUUCGCGAUCAACCAGGACAUCGGGAAGAGGCUGCAGGGCCUCGCCGGGUCCGGGGACUGCCCGCACGUCCUCCUGUACGGUCCGCCGGGCGCAGGGAAGAAAACAAUCGUCCUCUCGCUCCUCCGCGAGCUAUACGGCGCCGGCGCCAAGAAGGUCAAGGUCGAGCACCGGCCGUGGAAGAUCGAGCUGCCGUCGCGGAAGCUCGAGCUCGAGCUCACGAUGGUCACCUCGAACUACCACGUGGAGAUGAACCCGAGCGACGUGGGCAACAACGACCGGUACGUCGUGCAGGAGAUCAUCAAGGAAAUGGCCAAGAGCCGCCCCGUCGACCCCUCGGGCGCCAAGACCUUCAAGGUCCUCGUGCUCAACGAGGUCGACCGCCUCUCCCGCGAGGCGCAGCACAGCCUCCGCAGAACCAUGGAGAAGUACUCGUCGGCGUGCCGGCUCGUGCUGAUCUGCACGAACGUGUCCAAGGUGCUGGAUCCUCUGCGGUCGCGCUGCGUGUGCGUGCGCGUGCCGGCGCCGUCGCUGGACGAGAUCCAGGGGGUGCUGCAGGAGGUGGCGAAGCGGGAGCAGACCACGCUGCCGCCGCCGCUAGCGGCACGGAUCGCGCUGGCUUCGGAGCGCAACCUGCGCAAGGCGCUGCUGUCGCUCGAGUCGUGCCGCGUCCAGGCCGGCACGGGCGCGCUGCCCGAGAACAUGGACGUGCAGCUCGCAGAUUGGGAAUUGUAUAUCAAAACCAUCGCAACCGACAUAGUCUCCGAACAGUCCCCCAAACAAGUCUACACGGUCCGCGGCAAGCUGUACGAGCUCCUCUCGAACGUGAUUCCGCCGGAGCUCAUCGCGCGGCGCCUGGUGAUGGAGCUGUGUCGGAAGAUUCCCGACGACGCGCUCAAGCCUGUGGUGGUCGAGGCCGGGGCGACGUUCGAGCACCGGAUGCAGGGCGGGUCGAAGCCGAUCUUCCACCUCGAGGCCUUCGUCGCGCGCGUCAUGAGUGAGUACAAGAAGUGGGCGAUGGACGCUCUUGGCGGAUGA